AUGCAACAUCUGAAUAACAAAUCUUUACCACUCAAGGAUGAUCUGAAAGACCUCAAGGACCGAGAACGAACGCUCCGAUCCUCUUCUCCUGCUAUCAAGCGACCGGCGGCAGACAUGGGCGGUCAAGAGCGCGAGGACGACGGGAGGGACGUCGAAAUGGCUGAAGCUACCGACACUGCCUCUACUUCGUCUACUCAUACACAAUCAAACAACGGCAAACGACAAAAGAGCGAUCUAAAUACCAGCAAUCCAGGCCCUGUCUCCCAAGCAGCAUCCUCCGAGGCAGACAGUGUGUCGGACAGCACUCUGGCUGACACUUCAAACGAGUCAAGAACCUCCACUGCUGCUACCUCCAUCACAGGUACAGCCGACUCCGAAACCAGACCCAGCAUUGACGAGCAGAUAGCAAAAGUAACACAACUGGUACAAGAAACUCCAAGAGAUGGUGCAAAAGGUUACUGUGUCUCUUGUAAAUGGAUGCAAAGAGUGCUUGCUCGCUCUUCUGAACCACAACCCGGCAUCCCAAAGUCUGCUCUCGAAGGAGAGGUAGGGCCUGUUGACAAUGCUGACAUAGCUAUGGUCAUCGAGGGUUCUGGUGAACUAAGAGACGAAGCUGGCGAGCCAUUUACUGCCUUGAGACCUGGUCUCGAGUUGGGCGAAGACUACCAAGUAGUGCCAGAGGAAGCAUGGAACCUCAUUGUACGAUGGUAUGGUGUUGCCAAAGAGUCGCCAAUUAUUACCCGAUAUGCACACAUCCUCAGCGAAGACAACCCUUUAGAAUGCCAGUUCGAGCUGAAUCCACCUGUCUUCUCCUUUCUCAAGGUUGUUGGCACACAAACCCCUCAAACGCAGAAAGAGGCAGAACACCUUCCACCACGUAUGGUCAGCAGUGUCCACAGACCUUACAUGGAGUGGCUGAAGGCGGCCAAAGAGAAGCUCAACAUAGAUAUCAAUACGAAAGUCCGUGUCUGGAAAGUUUUGGGCGGCAUUAAGAGUACCUCUGCCUCCGGCAUACUGACACCUGCUGCUUCACGAAGUGCCUCUCCUGCUCCCGGAGCCGAGAUCAUCGCCAGUGCUGGUACCAAGAUGAUCCUCGAUGUUAACACUUUUGGUCUGUUGACCCUCGGCGACCAGAGAGAGCUUAUCGACCAUAAAGACCAUACCAUGGAUGCAAAUUACAAUGGCAAGGUUGAUCUGCGGACCAUUGGCUUAGGCAGAGACGAAGUGAUCGUGCUCGAAGAACAGACUCCUGAUACAGACAAGUUUCCAAGCGACAACCCAAAACUCUCCUUCAAAGGUGCCGCCAAGGCCAAGAACCUUACUGUCAGUGGCAGGUCUUCACCGACUCCGAGUAUCAUGACAAGAGGCAGAGCUCAGAGAGAAGGUAGGCCGAAGGGCAUCGUCGGUCUGCAAAACCUUGGCAAUACAUGCUACAUGAACUCUGCCCUCCAGUGCAUACGGAGUGUUGAAGAAUUGACCGAAUAUUUUCGAACAGGUUAUUACAAGAAGGAGCUCAAUCCUAGCAACCCACUCGGUCAUCACGGCAAGGUUGCCAAGGCAUACGGUGGCUUCAUAGAGGGUAUUUACUCCGCCAACAGUAACGUCUUCAACCCUCGUGAUCUGAAGAACAUCGUGGGCAAAUAUGGUCCCUCAUUUGCUGGCUACGGUCAGCAAGACUCACAAGAAUUUCUAGCUUUCCUGCUUGAUGGCUUGUCCGAAGACCUCAAUAGGAUACAAAAGAAACCUUAUAUAGAGAAGCCUGACUCGACUGAUGAUAUGGUCAACAACGAUCAGCUUCUCAAGGAAUUCGCCGACCGUAAUUGGAACGACUACAAAGCCAGAAACGAUUCCGUGAUCGUCGACCUAUUCGCUGGCAUGUACAAGUCAACUCUGACUUGUCCGACCUGUGACAAAGUCAGUAUUGUGUUUGAUCCUUUCAGCUCGCUGACUUUACAAUUACCUAUUGAGAAUAAUUGGUCGAAAGAAAUCAUCUACUUUCCUCUACAGGAGAAGCCAAUGCGUAUCGACAUCGACAUUGACAAGAACUCGAGCAUCCUCGACAUGAAGAGAUUCAUUGGCCAGCGUACUCAAUAUGAUCCCGACAAGAUGAUCUGCGCUGAAUCGUACAAGAACAAGUUCUUCAAAAUCUUUGAUAAUACUGAUGUUAUUGCCGAAACCAGUAUCAGUGCUAACGAUAUCAUUUGCGUCUACGAAUUGGCAGAGAAGCCCACAAAUUACAACGCUGACAAGAAGAAAAAGUUCACCUUGUUUUCGAACAAAGAUCUCGAUCCCAAAGUUGACCCUGACAGUCCCGCUGCUGAGCACUUACUGGUCCCUAUCUACCACCGACUGGCAAAAGCCAAUACUAACAAUAGAUUGGUCCGAAGCUUCUUUGGUCAUCCUAGUUACGUUGUCCUAUCCCGAGAAGACCGAACAUCGUACGACGGAGUACUUAAGAAGGUCUUGACACAGGUUGUGGGCAUGACAACACUGGAUAUUCUCACGGACGAGCGUGAACUUGGCAACGACUCCGCACCAGAAGAUUCUGAUACCCUUGUGGUCUCCGAUGCAAGUACGGGCUCGCAGUCUCCAAGUGCCAGUGGCAAUUCAGUACAAGGUGAAGACGGCCUUGUGGAUGUGUCUAUGAGAGACGCUAGCCAGAUACCCGAGCAAACAUCCAGAUCGCGAGAAUCAAUCAUGGAGCAUUUGCUGAAGCCUGGUACUCCGAUACCUAAACAGCUUCAACGACUCUUUGAUAUCAGAGUCGCUCAUACUGAGGAGGGUAUUCCUACAGGCUGGAACAAUUUGGCCGAAUCAACCGAUUUUGAUUCUUUGAGGCAGAAAGCUGAAGAAACGACUCGAAUACUUGCUCACCACCCGAGACAUAGCAGCGAUGAAGUGCCCGAAAGUAGUGCAGAUGAGCUUGCCGAGGAAGAUUCUAAAGAACUUCGCAAAUCUCCAAAUUCGGCUUCGGAAUCUGGCGGCAGCCCUCCCCAACAGGAAUCAGACGUCGACUCUGUUGAGUUGCCCGAGCCAUCUGAAAUGUUUGGUGGCAAGGACACCAGAGGUGCCAAAAAGCACAAGGCCAAGAACCAGAAGACCUACUCUCGUAAAGGCAAGAAGAUCGUAGGCAAGAGUCACAAACGAACACCUCCACCUCCACCACAACCGAAACCUGCAGUUUCUAAUGGAGCCGAAUUAUUAGUGCCAGGUGAUGCCAUCGUUCUUGAUUGGAGCGAAGAUAUCUACGAAGCGCUGUUUACAGGCGAUGCAGCUGACACCAUGAGAGGCUCAUUGACACACCGAGACCCUGAGUUAUUCGAAGAUGAAGAGCUUGUAAAGAAGCGUGAAUCACGACUGAACAGAAAGAAGACCGGUGUGACGCUCGAAGAUUGUCUGGAGGAAUACGGCAAGACCGAGACUCUUUCUGAGCAGAACGCCUGGUACUGCCCGAGGUGCAAAGAACAUCGACGUGCCAACAAGCAGUUCGAGCUGUGGAAAGUUCCAGAUAUCCUAGUCAUGCAUUUUAAGCGUUUCAGCUCUGCACGCAACUUCAGAGACAAACUUGAGUUGAAGGUUGAAUAUCCUGUCGAGAACCUCGAUUUGUCACAAAUGGUAAGAGACAAAAGUGAUGGCAAGAGCUCAAUCUAUGAUCUGAUUGCCGUCGAUAAUCAUUAUGGCGGGCUUGGAGGUGGUCACUAUACUGCUUACGCCAAGAACAUUAACAACAAGAUGUGGUAUGAUUACAAUGAUUCGCAUGUGUCGCCGGUCAAAGACCCUGAAGUGGUAGUGCAGAAAAAUGCGUACCUCUUGUUCUACCGCCGCAGAUCGGAAGACCCUUUAGGUGGACCCAACCUCGAAAAGAUCCUCAGCGAAGUCGACUCUGAAGAGAACCUCGAAACACAAUCCAGAGAUGCUUCACCUUCGGGGGAAGGCCAGCGUCUCGGCGGCUCCUCCCACAAUGGGUCGUCGAGCGCUUUAGUCGGUCAAGCUCACCGCGUGGGAGAUGGUGGUUCGGCAGUAAAUCGACAGGUGAUCAAAAUGAAAGGUCUGUCUCGGGGUCUCGAGGACGAACAAGAAGGUCAUUCGAUGUUUCACGGCCCUCAGAGUCUUAGCAAGUCAGAGGAAUUGCCACCCUAUGGGGAUCGCGACAGCGAUAUGCUUCUCGACAACGAUGUUGUUGACGAGGGCAUCAGUAUGAUAGGACCUACUCAACCAUGGCUUGACGAUGCUCUAGUCCAGGGCUGGGGUUUUGAUGCUGCCGCUCCUCCAAACAGCAACGCGGGUGAUAGCGAACAUUUUGAAGCACCUUUUGGUCGUUUGGGCAGAAGGGAUAGUAACGUUUCUGUGGCGAAUGCUUCCAGUACAGGUGGGUUGGGCGGCAGCGAAAUUGCCAAUCUCUCAGAUCUAGAUGAUGAACAAGAUACUGGCAACAUUUUAGAGUAUGAUGACUUAGGGAGGGACCCUAUCCUACGAGGCAAUCGAGAGUCCGCACCACCACCAGACGACCCAGAGACAUUACCGAAGAUAAUUCACCAUGUUCCGAUUCCUGAGGGUGAAGACGACGAGGAGCUAGAAGUCCAGGAGUUGAGAAUUCACAACCUGCAAGCUGACUGUUCGUUGUUGUCACCGGAAGAGAAGGAGCGUAAGCUGGAUGAAUUGAUUACUCGAAUGCGUGAAGCCACGGCAAAACACUUCCCUCUCGCCGACGCAGAAAGGCUUCCCGUUAGCCUAGAAAGGAAAUCCGUUGACAAAGCAUAUGUAAGAGGAUUGAUGAUCAAUGACUUUGAAGAAAGAGGUGCCUCUAAGAUGUGGGCGAUAAAAGCUCUGGAGGAGGUGAAUUGGGAAACCUUCGAGACAGCCUACCAUUUACUGAGAAAGUGGCGCUGUCUGCCAUCUUCGUGCAGCCCACUUCAAAAUGAAGAGCCGAGAUGGAAGCAGAUGCAUACAGCCCUGAUCAGAGCUGGCCUUUUAAGCCAUGAAGCUGAAGAAGCAUUGGUAAGGACGAAUUACGAGUCGGUAGACUUGGCAUACAAUUACUGGACGACAAGCCAUGUUGCGAAUUCCUGCGAUUCCAACUCAGUCAGAUCAUCAGAUACAUCCGAAGAGACCCAACUUCCAUCCGAGGAGAGGAAGAGCAAUAUGCUGAAAGACCUGAUGCUAGAAGGCGUGCCUAAAGAUGAAGCAGCAGAGGCACUAGCAUCAACAAACUGGACGGCAUCGGAUCUAGCACUUCAGUCUUGGAUUGAGCUCGAUGGAGAAGAACUUCGAUGCCGAAAAAGGAGCAUCAAGAAUUCUGCUCAAGCUGACCAGGACGAUGGCAGGAAUCCAUGGCGGUUCUACUCCACCCGAGCUGGAGGAACCCCUCACAAGCUGAGUCCUCGUCAGAGCCUCAAUGGAAUUGCCGUCAAUGAGAUGACCAACAAGAGGCAGUCCGAAUUGCUCCGACAGCUCAUGGAAGUCCUAAGUGUGACGGAAGCAGAAGCUGGUCAAAUCCUUGUGCAGUCAGAAGCAGAUGUGGUCGAGGAGGCGAUUACUUGGUAUUAUGCUAAACAGGGAAAUUUGUGA